UGUGUGUUGCGAUUUCGUAAAGGAAGUUCUAGGCGGCGCGGGGGAAGGUAUUCGCGAUGUCGAAGUUGGGUUGGUACCGAACCUGCUCAUCCAUCCUUCAUGGCAACUGUAAUAGGAAGUGCAACACCUCGACACCCUCAGUCUUUGAGCGCACAGCGAGGGGGGAAUCGGCCGGUCGGAGGAGAGCUCGUAGGACGGAGAGGGAGAGCAGUUGUGGCGGGGCCGUUUGGGAAAGGCGCGCAACGACGCAGGCAACGGCGGGCAGGGCGACAAAGUCAACGUGGAGACGGGCGGCGAAUGAUGAGAAGCGAUAUCGCACAAGCAGGCCAAGGGUGUUGGCGAGCAGAGCUGGAUAACUGCAGAACCGUAGAACGAGGUCGAGGGCGAAAUGUACAAGCUAAGCGCUGCCUUGGACCAUGGCUCUCGGUUGGGUGCGGUAUGGGAGUAUGGAUGUCGAAACGAGAAGUGGUGGUGACAGAGGGGAAGCUUUCGCCAAGCAGGGAAAGGGACCUCCUAAGCACGUCCUCCAACAACGCAGACGAGCCGCUCCAAAAUGCGCGGCUGGUGUGGUUUUCGGAUUUCCAAGAAAAGAGAGGAAAUCAAAGAAGAGUGGGCGGCGAUCUGCGGAGUUGCGGUGCUGUGGUCGUCGAGUCGGAGGUUAUCGGCGCUGGUGUCAUCCGCUCAAUGGUUGUUGAGCCUCGUGAUCGUCGACAAGUACCCUUCCGUCAUCGAGUCACCUGGGUGGGCCAGCAGAAUGGAGUGUAAUUCAGGCGAGCAAGUAAGGCGGUGUAUACUUGUCGAUGCGUUCGCAGCGAAGAGGCAAGGGGGGGCUAAGGACGGCACAGAAGGAGA